AUGGAUCGAACAUAUAGGUUACUUGUGGACUACAUCCUCGACAAGUGGGAGGAACGGAAAGCAAAAGCGACAACUGCUAGCGGCAUAGAGCAUCCGAUUCCACGCCUCAUAGUUGCAAUAGCUGGUCCUCCUGGCUCUGGAAAGACAACAAUAGCCAACCAAGUUGCCAAUAUCAUCAACUCUUUACCGUCAAAGAGCCCAAAAACAAUUGUUAUAUCCGCCGACGGCUUUCAUCUACCACUCGCUACGCUUCGAAAGCUUCCCAAUGCAUCCGAGGCUCUUGCUCGCCGCGGCGCGCCCUGGACUUUUGACGGACAUGCAGCAGUGAGCUUCAUUCGAAAGCUCAAGACCAAUUCUCGCCGUCAGCUUGUCCUCGCUCCUACUUUUGACCACGCAAUCAAAGACCCAGUAGCCGAUGGACUACUGAUAGAAGCUGAUGUGGACGUAUGCAUACUGGAAGGCAACUAUCUUCUCUGCGACGAGCCUCCAUGGGAUGAAAUUGCAAAUCUCGUCGAUGACAAGUGGUUCGUUCAUGUGGAACCAGAUCUCGCUUGCGUGCGAGUUGCGUCUCGGCAUCUGGCUGCCGGCAUUGAAACAACGAUGGAGGGGGCAGUCUACCGAGCAAAGACAAACGACUUGGUUAACGGCGAAUUUAUUCUGUCAAAAAGUCGGGGCAGAUACGAUGUAAUGAUAGAAAGUAUAGAAAUAAAGACUUAG